CGAUUGUUGUAAUUAUUUGUCAGACUCUACAUCUGUUUUCAGUUUGAUUAAACAUUAUUAUGGGAACAUCUCAUCUUUUCUGGAUAUGGAUUGUUUUGUGUUUUGACCUUACUGGCUCUUCACCUGAUGAAUGCCAGCAGGAGAGAGACAGACUUCGAGCACAGUUAAGGCGUAUGGAAGCUCGUGCUCAGAAGCAACAGGAGAUGAUCCAGCACUUGUUGAACCUCAAUCAGCAGGCUCAGCAUUCUGUAAAUGAGACCAUCUUUUUUGAUCUAGGCGAGAAACACUACACAGACUGUGCUCAGAUUUUCAAUGAUGGUAACAGUAGGAGUGGAUUCUACAUGAUUAAACCUGUGAAUAGUCCAGACCAGAUCAGAGUGUACUGUGAUAUGACGGAAGGAGGAGGGUGGACAGUUUUUCAAAGACGUUCAGAUGGCAGCCAGUCGUUCGACAGAGAUUGGAAUGAUUACAAGACUGGGUUUGGUGAUAUGGAAUCUGCAAAUGGAGAAUUCUGGUUAGGAAAUGACAACCUGCAUUACCUGACAUCUCAAGGUGAGUACAAUUUAAGAAUCAACUUGGAGGACUUUGAAGGCCGCCAUCGUUUUGCCACGUACAAAAAGUUCAAGGUUGACAGUGAAGAGAAUCGUUAUCAGUUGCAGUUUGGAGAAUACACAGGAAAUGCAGGAGACUCGCUCUCUGGCAGCUACCAUCCAGAGGUUCAGUACUGGGCAAGCCACAGGGGAAUGAAAUUCAGCACAAAGGAUAAGGAUAAUGACCGCUAUGAACGCAGUUGUGCUCUGGAAGAUAAGGCUGGCUGGUGGUUUAACAGGUGUCACUCUGCCAAUUUGAACGGAUUGUACUACAAGGGCCCGUACAGUGCAGUGACUGAUGACGGGAUAGUGUGGUACACCUGGCAUGGUUGGUGGUACUCCCUCAAAUCUGUGCAGAUGAAGAUCAGACCCAGUGAAUUUGAACCAAAUGAAGUCUAACGUCCAACUUCUACUUAGUUAAUCUAUCUACAUACAGUAAAAAAGAAAAUAAAUGCAAAAAUAAAUGCUGUAUAUUUGUGUUUGCAGUAAGACAGCAAUGUGUGAAGGAUUUCAGAAAUGUAGCAUCCUGUUGAAUCAAAUA